AUGGGCGAGAUCCGGCGGCAGGGAAAGCUCUGCGAUGUGACGCUCAAGGUCGGGGACCACAAGUUCAGCGCUCACCGGAUCGUUCUGGCAGCUUCCAUCCCCUAUUUCCACGCCAUGUUCACCAACGACAUGAUGGAGUGCAAGCAGGAUGAGAUCGUCAUGCAGGGCAUGGAUCCCAGUGCUCUGGAGGCUCUGAUCAACUUCGCCUACAACGGGCACCUGGCCAUAGACCAGCAGAACGUGCAGUCCCUGCUGAUGGGGGCGAGUUUCCUGCAGCUGCAGAACAUCAAGGAUGCGUGUUGCACCUUCCUCAGGGAGAGGCUUCAUCCCAAGAACUGCCUGGGUGUGCGGCAGUUUGCCGAGACCAUGAUGUGCACGGUGCUCUACGACGCCGCCAACAGCUUCAUCCACCAGCACUUCGUGGAGGUCUCCAUGUCCGAGGAGUUCCUGGGCCUGCCCUUCGAGGAUGUCCUGGAGCUCGUCUCCAGGGAUGAGCUCAACGUCAAGUCCGAGGAGCAGGUGUUUGAAGCUGCCCUGGCCUGGAUUCGGUACGACAGAGACCAGAGGGAAUCCUUCCUGCCCGAGCUGCUCUCCAAAAUCCGGCUGCCCCUGUGCCGGCCGCAGUUCCUCACGGACCGCGUGCAGCAGGACGACCUCGUGCGCUGCUGCCACAAGUGCAGGGAUCUGGUUGACGAAGCCAAGGAUUACCACCUGAUGCCGGAGCGCCGGCCGCACCUGCCGGCGUUCAAGACGCGGCCGCGGUGCUGCACGUCCAUCGCGGGGCUGAUUUACGCCGUGGGGGGACUCAACUCAGCAGGCGACUCUCUGAACGUGGUGGAGGUGUUUGACCCCAUUGCCAACCGCUGGGAGAAGUGCCAGCCCAUGGCCACGGCGCGGAGCCGCGUCGGCGUGGCCGUGGUCAACGGGCUGCUCUACGCCAUCGGCGGCUACGACGGCCAGCUGAGGCUCAGCACCGUGGAGGUUUACAACCCUGACAGCGAUUCCUGGUCCAAAGUGGAAAGCAUGAACAGUAAAAGGAGCGCCAUGGGGACGGUGGUGCUGGAUGGGCAGAUCUACGUGUGCGGUGGGUACGAUGGAAACUCAUCCCUCAACUCGGUGGAGUCCUACUCUCCAGAAACAAACAAGUGGACAGCAGUGACCCCCAUGAGCUCCAACCGCAGCGCUGCCGGGGUCACCGUGUUCGAGGGACGGAUCUACGUGUCCGGAGGGCACGACGGGCUCCAGAUCUUCAACAGUGUGGAAUACUACAACCCUCACACCUCCAGCUGGCACGCGGUGUCGCCCAUGCUGAACAAGCGGUGCCGGCACGGCGCGGCCGCGCUGGGCAGCCGAAUGUUCGUGUGCGGCGGCUACGACGGCUCCGGUUUCCUCAGCGCCGCCGAGGUCUACAGCUCCGUGGCCGACCAGUGGUACCUGAUCGUGCCCAUGAACACCCGGCGCAGCCGCGUGUCCCUCGUGGCCAACUGCGGCCGGCUCUACGCCGUGGGCGGCUACGACGGACAGUCCAACCUCAGCUCGGUGGAGAUGUACGACCCCGAGACCAACCGCUGGACGUUCAUGGCGCCCAUGGUGUGCCACGAGGGCGGGGUGGGCGUGGGCUGCGUGCCGCUGCUCACCAUCUGA